AUGUCACGAACAUACGCAACUCCCGCUGCACUCAUUACAAUCUCUAUCCUCUUCCCUGUCUUGGGGACCUUGACGGUGAUCCUUCGCUUUUAUACCAGAAGAAAGACAAAAUCUGUGUUGUGGAUUGACGACUGGUUGACUCUGCCUGCACUGAUCCAGUAUUUCGCUGACAUAGUGACUGUCCUCGCAUUCGGUUUCACGAAGCUGAGCAUUCUCUACUUCUACCGCAGCAUUUUCUGCAGCAGACGGACUAUCCGGACUGCCUUUCACUCUGUGACCAUGUGCAUGAUAGUGCUAGUGUUAGCUUGGACUAUAGUAUUUGGUUUUGGCAUGAUCUUUAUCUGCGGUGUACAUCCCGAUUACGCCUGGGGUACUAUUGCAGUCGUUACAACCGAAUGCAGUUUACAGGUCCCGCUCCUCGAAGGAUAUGCAAUUUCUGAUUUUAUACUGGACGUGAUCAUCUGGCUGCUACCAUUGCCACGGAUAUGGUUAUUGAACAUCUCAGUCCGCCAAAGAGUGGGACUUGGACUGGUAUUCCUCGUUGGCCUCUUGGCAAUCGCAGCAUCUGCUACAAGAAUGGCUAUCUACAUAGCUCAUCUUGCUAAUCCAUUUGCCGAAACAGACGGGGAAACACUCGUCACAUACCUCCUGUUCUGGACGAUGGCCGAAUGCGGUCUCGGUGUCAUUGUUAUCUGUCUCCCUCCCCUACGCCCAAUGUAUAGCAAGAUCGGGUUAGGCUCGUAUAUCAGCAGUCUCAAAAGGUAUCUGUACAGAAGAACCAAGUCGACAACCUCGAGCACGGUUCGACUUAACAACCUCAAUAGCUCGGUAGUACCAAGCUCCCCUAGUCUGAACCCUAUUCAAGCAUGA